AUGAGAUUCAAUAAGGGAGUGGCUAGCACUGCUUCUAAUGGUCCUGUGACUAGCACUGCUUCUAAUGGUCCUGUGCCCAGCACUACUUCUAAUGGUCCUGUGCCCAGCACUACUCCUAAUGGUCCUGUGACUAGCACUACUCCUAAUGGUCCUGUGACUAGCACUACUCCUAAUGGUCCUGUGACUAGCACUACUUCUAAUAGUCCUGUGACUAGCACUACUCCCAAUGGUCCUGUGACCAGCACUACUUCUAAUAGUCCUGUGACUAGCACUACUCCUAAUGGUCCUGUGACUAGCACUACUUCUAAUAGUCCUGUGACUAGCACUACUUCUAAUAGUCCUGUGACUAGCACUACUCCUAAUGGUCCUGUGACCAGCACUACUUCUAAUAGUACUGUGACUAGCACUAAUCCUCAUGGUCCUGUGACUAGCACUACUUCUAAUAGUCCUGUGACUAGCACUACUCCUAAUAGUCCUGUGACUAGCACUACUCCUAAUGGUCCUGUGACUAGCACUACUCCUAAUGGUCCUGUGACCAGCACUACUUCUAAUAGUCCUGUGACUAGCACUACUCCUAAUGGUCCUGUGACUAGCACUACUCCUAAUGGUCCUGUGACCAGCACUACUUCUAAUAGUCCUGUGACUAGCACUACUCCUAAUAGUCCUGUGACUAGCACUACUCCUAAUGGUCCUGUGACCAGCACUACUCCUAAUGGUCCUGUGACUAGCACUACUUCUAAUGGUCCUGUGACUAGCACUACUCCUAAUGGUCCUGUGCCCAGCACUACUCCUAAUGGUCCUGUGACUAGCACUACUUCUAAUGGUCCUGUGACUAGCACUACUCCUAAUGGUCCUGUGACCAGCACUGCUUCUAAUAGUCCUGUGACUAGCACUACUCCUAAUGGUCCUGUGACUAGCACUACUUCUAAUAGUCCUGUGACUAGCACUACUUCUAAUAGUCCU